AUGAAUACUUUAAAAAUACUCUAAUGGAAUACAUUGGCUGACACUCUUUCAGAUGCUUUUCCACUGAUCAACAAACAAUUUCUACAAUGGAAUCACAGAUCAUCAUUAAUUGCUCAAUAUUUAAAACAACACCCAUGCGAUGUCUAUUGUUUUCAAGAAGUAGAUCACCCAGAAUUCUUUGAAUAAGUCCUCCAAGAUCACCUAUUCAUUUAUCAAAAAAAGCAACAUAACAGCGAUGGCAUAUUGAUUGCCUAUAAAAAGGACUUGAAAUUACAAUCAGUCAACAUCAUACCGUUUCUGGAAAAUAACAAAGUUUCCAAUUAGUUCUUCAUUAAAGUAGACUUUCUAGAUUUCAUAUUGGUGGCUACUCAUCUUAAAGCUAAACCAGACUUUGAGAAGAUCAGAAGGAAUUAAUUAGAAUAAAUAAAUAAAUUUGUGAAAGAGGACAAGAUUAUUCUAUGUGGUGAUUUCAACACUUAACCUCAAUUAGAGGCGGUUUCUAAUUUUUUAGAAAUAUCAGGUAUGAAAUGCACGAAUACAACUGUGCCAACCACUUCUAAAAAUAGAGGGAAAUUGGAAACAAAUAUAAAGGAUUACAUUUUGUAUAAGGGUGUUCAUUUGAAACAGAGUCAAGUAGGUCCAACAGAAGGUGUACAAAUCAAUGAGAGUGGAUUACCAACUGAAUUGUUCCCUUCUGACCAUAUCUUUUUAAUUGGAGAGUUUGAAAUCUGA